AUGGAAUGUGGUGCCAUUCAGAUUAAUGCGCCACCCAGUCUCAUUUCAUUGGCAGUUGGAAUGCCAAACCCAGAUAUGUUUCCAUUUGAAGAGGCUACAGUCAAGCUUAGAAAUGGUAAAAGCUUGCAAAUCUCUGCCAAGCAAAUGAAAACUGGACUACAGUAUGCACCAUCACCAGGUGUUCCAGCAUUCAGAAAAGUACUAUGUGAUAUGCAGAAAAAGAUACACAACCUUACCUAUGAACCGGAGAUAUUCGUGACGACUGGCAGCCAAGAUGGUCUCUCUAAGACAUUCGAGAUGUGCAUGAACGUGAACGAUUACGUGUUGAUGGAGGAGCCAUCAUAUCCGGGUGCGCUGGGAAUCUUGAAGCCAUACCAUCCAAGGGUUCUGGCACUCGAAGGUGACCGUGAUGGCAUCAAGCCCGAGUCACUUCGACGGGCCCUGUCACUGUGGAAACCCAGUGACGCUCAGACGGACGCCGACAUGCCCAAGAUUCUGUAUGUGAUACCGAACGGUGGCAAUCCGACCGGCACGUCGCUGACCUACGAGAGAAAGCAGGAGAUUUACCAGAUUGCCAGUGACUAUGAUCUACUCAUCAUUGAGGAUGACCCGUACUACUUCCUACAAUUUGCCGAGAAGCCGUCACCGAGUUUCUUGUCGAUGGACGUAGAUGGUAGAGUUAUGAGGUUCGACUCGUUCUCCAAAGUCCUCUCAGCCGGGUUACGAGUUGGAUUCAUGACUGGUCCAAAACCUUUGAUGCAGAGGAUUGAGUAUCAUAUUCAGGUGUCGCUACUGCAUACCAGUGCCUUAGCACAGAUUUUAAUAUUAGAGCUGCUAAAAGAUAUUGGUCAUGCAGGAUUUAUGGACCACGUGACUAACGUUCGAAAUUUCUACAUGAGUCAGAAGGAAAAAAUGAUAGCCGCAGCAACAAAACAUUUAAAAGGUCUGGCUGAAUGGAAUGAGCCAACUGGAGGCAUGUUUGUGUGGAUCAAUGUUCCCGGGGUUAAAGACACGAGCAAAAUGAUAUCUGAAAGAGCUUUGAAAAAAGAGGUACUGCUCGCACCAGGCAAUGCUUUCCUAGCAGAUUCAACCAGACCUUCAUCGUAUGUGAGGGCUUCCUAUUCACUAGCAUCCGAAGUGGAAUUGGACAAGCAUUGUGGAUCAGCAGUUAAGCCGUGCGAUCACCGAUCAAUCACCAGCGUGUGUUAGAUGUGUAAUUAAGCAGCAUCGUAAGUUAGCGAUGCACUAUGUCUUCAUGACAUUGAAAAUUUCCCAAAACUAGAAGCAC